AUAGCAGGCACAAGUGAUAAUCAGCUGACCCAAAUGUUGACAAAGCAAGUUGGCCGCCGGUGGAGGAAGCAGAAACCUUCGCUGGCAGUUUCGACGAUGAGUAAGGCUCUCUGGUUUUAACAACUGAAAUGUCCGAUGUUUACUCGCAGCUGUCUGUGACACGGUCCCGUUUCUUCUCUCCGCCCUCGUGUCGCUGCUCGGCUGCCAGUUUCUCCUGAGCUGUGAUCCAUGUGAAGGGAGAAGGAGAAGCCACCUGGAAACAUUACUGCUGUCAGUAUGGACAUCCAGAACGAGAGGAGAAGGCUGCUGGAUGCGGAGGAUGGAGAUGAGGAUCCGACUGGACUCCUGUCCGAGCAGGAUGCUUACCUGAGUAAAGUGAAAAAUGGGAAGUUGUACCUGGCGACGUUUGCGUCUGUUCUGGGUCCCAUGAGCUUCGGCUUCGUGCUGGGGUACAGCUCUCCGGCCAUUCCCGAACUCACCAGGAUCGCUAACCCUAAUCUGCAGCUGGACAGUGAACAGGCCUCGUGGUUUGGGUCCAUAGUGACGAUAGGAGCAGCACUCGGCGGCCUGUUGGGCGGUUGGAUGGUGGAGAAGAUCGGCAGGAAGCUCAGUCUGAUGUUCUGCUCGCUGCCAUUCGUCUUCGGCUUCACCAUCAUCAUCGCAGCGCAGAACAGGUGGAUGCUUUACAUCGGCAGAGUGCUCACCGGCAUCGCCAGUGGGGUCACGUCACUGGUUGUCCCGCUGUAUAUCUCCGAGAUGGCACACGAGCGGGUCCGCGGGAUGUUAGGCUCUUGUGUGCAACUCAUGGUGGUGCUAGGCAUCAUGGGAGUCUAUCUCGCAGGUCUCUACCUGGACUGGCGCUGGCUGGCCAUCUGCAGCUCCAUCCCGCCCACGCUGCUGAUGGUCUGCAUGUGCUUCAUGCCAGAGACGCCCAGGUACCUGCUGUCCCAGGGCAAGAGGCGGGAGGCUGAGGAGGCGCUGCGCUUCCUGCGAGGGCCAGACGCCCCUGUCGAGUGGGAGUGCGCCCGCAUCGAGGAUGCCUGUGAAGAGCAGGGCUCCAGUUUCCAGAUGUCCGACCUGAAGGACCCCGGUAUCUACAAGCCUCUGGUGAUCGGCAUCAUGCUGAUGAUCUUUCAGCAGAUGACAGGGAUCAAUGCCAUCAUGUUCUACGCUGAGAACAUAUUUGAACAGGCGCAUUUUAAGGAGAGUGACCUGGCUUCAGUGAUCGUGGGUCUGAUUCAGGUCGUCUUUACGGGAGUGGCAGCACUGAUCAUGGACAAAGCUGGGAGAAAAGUUCUUCUCAUCAUCUCAGGUGUUGCCAUGGCGAUCAGCACCACAGCAUUCGGGGUUUAUUUCUACCUGAUGACCAAAGUUCACAGCACCACCUCGCUGAGCCUGUUGGUGCUGGACCUGCAGAGCACGGCUGGAGAAGAACCCCACGCUGACCUGGCCUGGCUGGCUCUCGCCAGCAUGGCCGUCUUCAUCACAGGUUUUGCUCUGGGCUGGGGUCCGAUCCCAUGGCUGGUCAUGUCGGAGAUUUUCCCCUCUAAAGUGAGGGGGGUCGCCAGCGCUGUGUGCGUCCUCACCAACUGGACCAUGGCGUUCAUCGUCACCAAAAACUUCAAGGACAUGAUGGUUCUUCUAACCAGCGCUGGAACCUUCUGGCUCUUCGCCUGUAUGUGCAUCGCCAAUGUCAUCUUCACCAUGGCCUUCAUCCCAGAAACAAAGGGAAAGACACUGGAGCAGAUCGAAGCCACUUUCAGAGGGACAUCAGGUCCGUGAGGCCCCCCUGCCCCCACCUGCCAAACACAUCACACAUUUCAGAAACUGUAAAGUCUCUGACCUCUUAUCUCUGAACUGACUGGUGUUCGAGACACUGUGUGGGCAUUUUAAAAAUCCUAAUUAAGCCUAUUAAGCUAUGAAGCUGAUUGGCACUUCUUUGAAUCAUUUGUUUGACAGGUAACAGUUAAACUAAAGCAACACAGCAGCACUGUGACAAAUCCGCCCCUCAGGAGGGCUCAGUUUGUGUUCAAGCUGUUUGACAGAGGUGUUGAUUCAACAGUGAGGGUGGAGUUCAUGGUGCUGUGGAACUGUACUGCUUUUUAAUGAGACAUGUUUCUAUUAUUUUGUUCAUCCCAGUGAGGUCAGACUGAACUGGGAGCUGGGUAAGAAUCAUCUGUUUCUGUAGGAUGUUUAACCUAAACUGUUCAACAUUACAGAGUGUGACAGUCAGGACAUUACUUACAGUUUUCAUCAGGUCAAAUCCUUUAAAUAUGAAGUUGUGCUGAGCAGAUUCGGCUUAGUGUCUCGCUCACUAACAUUUGGACUGGAUACGACACUAGCUAAGUACAUUUACUCAAGUACUGUACUUAUGUACAAAUUCAGAGUACUUGAGUCUGCUCUUUUCUUGCCAUUUUAAACUUGUACUCCUCUACAUACCUGACAGACGUAUCAUUCUUUUUACUGAACUACAUUUAUCUGAAAGCAUCAGUUACUUUACACAUGAUGAUUUUUGCACAGAAAGCAUAAAUAAAGUUUAUAAAAUAUCAUCUCUUGUUACAGAUUAAACUACUCAGCAGUUAAUACAUGUACAGCUGAAACAAUUACAAUCAAUCAGCCAGUUGACAGAAAAUGAAUUGGCAACUUUUUGACAAACAUUUAAGUUGUUUUAUAACGUUUUUUAAUACGUUUUUUGGGUGGUUUAUUUUAAGAUUUUUCUGGAUUGGGUACCUUUACUUUAAUACUUGAUUAUUGUUACUGACUUUUCCUUUAAGUUACAUUUUCAGUACACAGCUUCAACUUGUCACAGAAUAUUUUUACUUAAGGAAAGGAUUUGAAAGCUUCCUCCACCACUGUGAAAUAAAAUAAGAUUUAACUCAGGGGUGAAUUUACAAAAGGACUGCGUGGGUUUUGCAGCUGAUAAACCUGCACAAACAAGACAUACAAACACCAUGUAGUUCUCAUUGCACCCUGAACUGCAAACAGCAACUAGUGCUUGAGAUUUAAAUGAGUUAAUAUUUGGCGCAAAAUUGUCCCAUUUCUAUGCGAAGGAGCCUCAGUGCAAGAACAGUCCAAUUCACAAAGAUCAGUGCCGUUACAGUGAAAUUAUUACCAUCUUCAGAGAGAUGUUGGGAACUGAAGCGCUCUGUAACACCAGACUUUACAGUGAUCAUGCCGUUGUCUAUUACAGUCUGAAGGUGUGUGUUUGAUAAGACCAACACAACUGACAGGCCAGGAUUUUAAAUCCCAAAUACUGUUUCUCUCCGUCACAUUUAAUUCCCCUCCUGGAGUUUUGAGGAACGUUUGCACCUCAUCUUUCAGGACCUGUAGCUCGUGGGAAAAUGUCAGUUUUCUUUUUGUCUCUGUCAUUAAUCUCCUGACUGUGAUCUUGGUGCGGAGGCAACAUUUAAACUUUGCUAUGUGGAUAAUUGCAGUCAGGGCGGCACGGUGGUGUGGUGGUUAGCACUCUCGCCUCACAGCAAGAGGGUUGCUGGUUUGAUCCCGGGUGUGGGAGCCCUUCUGUGUGGAGUUUGCAUGUUCUCCCCGUGUCAGCGUGGGUUUCCUCCAGGUACUCCGGCUUCCUCCCACAGUCCAAAGACAUGCAGGUUAAUUGGUGACUCUAAAUUGUCCGUAGGUGUGAAUGUGAGCGUGAAUGGUUGUCUGUCUCUAUGUGUCAGCCCUGUGAUAGUCUGGUGACCUGUCCAGGGUGAACCCUGCCUCUCACCCGAUGUCAGCUGGGAUAGGCACCAGCCCCCCCGCGACCCUCAAGAGGAUGAAGCGGUUAGAAGAUGAAUGAAUGAAUGAAUGAAUGAAUAAUUGCAGUCAGAAACAAAGAAAGGCAAAUUGCACUCAUGAGCGUGUUUGCGCUGUAAUAUCUUGAGUGCAAUAUCUUUUGUGAAUCGGAUGUUGAGACUGGGGGAAAAAGUGGUUGCAAGCUGUGCACGAUUCAUGGUGCUGUCACUGACCACAAUACAUUCUUGAAUUUGCCCAUCAGUGAGCUGCUAGUUCCAGUACUCUGGCUGCCCCCUGUAGGUCUCACUGCUGUAAUUCACCUCUCAGGCGACACUCAGUUCUUUAUGCUGGCUUACAAUUUCCUUCCAAUGGGCACUUUGACAGAUUACUCAGCCCCCCCAGGAAGUGCACCCUGGACUUUGAGGCUAAUUUACAUAGUGGCUAAACCUUGUAGCUACAACUUGCGGGUCCGUCACAUGAUGCCGCAUUUCUUCAGCGUCACAACCCCUGCGAGAUGAUUCGUUUCACAAUCGUAAUUUGAUACAUUCGGUCUAAUAACAUUUGAAAAGUCUGGAAGAGCCAAAAUCUUAAAUCAUUUUAUCUCCCUUUUAAGCUAGCAGAUGACUAAACAUGAAGUUAGCCGACUAAAGCCCUAUUCGUACAGGAUUAGUUUUACAUAGGUACGUGGGGUAAAGUAAUAAUUACCAGAGAUUUUAGUUCUGUCCGAAUGUGCCAUGUCAGUAAUCAUUACCGCACGAUGUCAGUAAAGAUCACCACGACUUUUACCUUCUGUAAAAGGGUCCCUGACAAUUACCUCAGGUGAUACUGAUCCUGUGCGAAUAGACCAGCAGUAAAUAUGUGUGUAUAUAUUUCCUCAUAUCCUGUUUACAAGUGGGUUUUCGCGGAUUUUCAAGCAUAGAGGCUCUUGAAGAAGCACUCAGUUUUGCACUUCACAGUCGGACAAGUCCGUGUGAAACUUCAGGUACUGUGGGCCUACGACGAACACGAUUCAAGUGUGUUUGAGUGUGGUACGCACAGGAAGCAACGUCAUACACACAUGACGACAGGAGGGGACCACGAUGCGUGAAUGGAUUUACCCCUCCCACUUGUGGUAGUUUCACUGAUAUUUCUUAUCCCGUGCGAAUUGGCCAUUAAUAUUAACGACGUCCUGUGGUAAAGUGACAUUACCCCAUGUGCCCAUGUAAAACUAAUCCCGUCUGAAUAGUGCUUACGUCUAUAUUACGCCUUCUCUAUGGACCUAAUGAUGCAGAAGGUUAGUGUAAUUUUGAACCCCGGAAGUGGAACUUUUUUGGCUUAGUGUGCCAGUUCUCGUUAUACAUCUGUGAUAUAACCAGUGUUACAGAAAGGUAAAAAACUGGGUUUAUAUAAUUGGCGUUAAAGGUAUACUUCAUCCCAGAUCUUUCAUUUGAGUAUCAAGGACUUCUGUCAAAGAGAGAGGAUGCUGUGUAAAAUCAAUAGAUAUCAAAGGCCUCGAGUUUUUAUUGUGGAAAUAAAAAAAAAGUCCAACAUAAUCUACUUUUCCACUGUUCAUCCAUGUUCCACUUUUACUAAUAAUGAUUCAAAUCUGUCUUAAUCCUCACGCGUCACCCUUUUAGCAUUUUAAACUCUACACUGAGAAUAUAUUUGGUCAAAAAGAUGAGAUUUUCUCUGGAUUAUUUAGGGUUUUUUCACAUUAUUUUCCAUUUCACAAAAGCUGGUACAAUGUAUACGCAGAGUGUAGGAAAUACAGAGACUUUUUGGAACAAUGCUGGUGUUCGCAAUGAUUUUCUUCCUUUAGUUGGUAUGAAUAAUGUCUGGUGUUCUUGAUUUUUAAACUCUGACGACAAAAACAAAGAUUUUUGCAGAAACUUUAUUGUACAAAUGUUUUGUGUUGUUUUUGGGAGGGGGAAGUGAACGCAUCAUGAAGUGACUGGGGUUUACACUGACUAACUGUGCUGACUGUUAGCGUUACUGUGAAUGAAGUGAGAUUAAACAGAGUCUGUGACGCAAAACUUUUUAAAGCAUAUAUUAACAACAGAAUGAAAAACUGCCAACUGUAAACUCUCUUAAAGAAAAAAUAUGGGAGUGUUUUUAUAACUUUAAUUCUGGUAGAGGAAAUGUUUUAAAUAAAUCUGACUUGUAAACAGUUGAGACAUUUUGAUUUUAUACUGAAGAAGAAGAAGAAGAAGAAGAAGUGACGUCUCCAAAGAAAAACAGAUCAUCCAACUCUUUUUUUACUCAUUCGGCUCUCUGUGGCGAUACAUAACUGUCUGUUUUUGGUGUUUGCUCUGAGUUCAGUCUGAACACCAUCAAAUGAAACUCUUUGUCCCAGUUUCCCCACGAUGAAUUUGAUGUUUGUGUUCAUCAUCCGUGUAUGAAACUGAACUGUGUCUGUGAAUAAAGUCACUGUGUUGUUUUGAA